AUGGGUGGCUGUUGUUCUCUAGUACGACGAAGAAAGAAUGCAGAAGUUGACUCCAAAUUCAAAGUCAUUGAUGGGCGACGAUAUCAACAGUUAGAUGACUCAAACUAUGUUUUGCCAAAUGAUUCGGGGGAAGAAGAGAGAUUAGAUAUGCAACACAUUCUCUUUGACCAUUUCUUCGAUGGGAAUUUUUCAGCACCCGUCGACCAACUGUUGAGGAGUGGGGCAAGGGUACUUGACGCUUGUUGCGGUUCAGGUGUUUGGUCCAUAGACCUAGCCAAAAGAUACCCUAAUUCUUAUUUUAUCGGCGUAGACAUUGCACCUGUGGUCCUUGCGGACGAAAAGCCUAGUAAUCUCGAAUUCGUAGAAUAUAAUGUCCUUGAUGGACUUCCUUUUAACAGCAACACGUUCGAUUACGUAUUUGCCAGAGCUACUCUCGCGGUAUAUACAAGGGCACAAUGGACUGAGCUUGCUAUUCCCGAGUAUGCGAGAGUUACCAAGCCAGGUGGAUGGGUAGAGCUGAUGGAGUUUUCUGGAUUAUUAAGUGGUGAAUGUGAGAAUGUUCAACGUUUAAACACUGCAACCGCUACUAUGUUUGAUUCCAAGAACCUAAUUCCGUCACCUGGUUAUGAAAUCCAGAGCUUCCUGGAACAGUCUGGUUUCUUUACAAACAUUGGUUAUACGGAAAGGACACUCCCAAUAGGACCAAAAGGAGACAAAUACGCUGAAAUGGGAAUACGAGACUGGAGAGAUUUCUAUCAUGGAAUGAGAUUCCCCUUUUCAAAAAUAAUGCAGGUGACUGGGGAACAUUAUGAUGCUAUAGUCGAAGCAGCAAUCAAGGAGUUGAUAAGAUUUGGUUGCACUUGGGACACUAUGAGAGCGUGGGGAAAAGAAGAAAGAUUAGACGUACAGCGCAUUAUUCUGAAACAUGCCUUCAAUGGAGAUUUUUCAGAACCUGUUGACCAACUAUUGAAGUAUGGGGCAAGGGUACUUGAUGUCGGCUCGUGGACCUCAGAAUUAGCCAAAGAAUACCGUAAUUCUUAUUUUAUUGACAUUGCACCCGUAAUCCUUACGGAAGAAAAGCCGAGUAAUGUCGAUUCGUAG